UGGUUGUAAACAACUAGUUCUGUUCACAUGGUAACGAUGACUUAUGUCAAAUUGUUUAUAAAUGUCGGAAUUUCGAAUUAACAUUCCAAUUUCUUAGAGAAAUAGUAAAAUUUCUCAAAUUAAUCAAAAUGACUAACGAUGAAAAUACUGAAAAUAUAACCACAGAAGAUAGAAUAUUAACUGUGAAAAAAUUGUGCACUGGACUUCAAAGUCUUGAUAGAAAAAUAAGGAAACAAACGUAUGUAGAUUUGCAAAAAUAUUUAUCAGACAAGAAUAUAGAGUUUAACAACCAAGAUCUUAGAACCAUUUUCAUUGAUAUACACAUUUAUGUUUUGAAUGGAUUGAGAGAUAAAACUGAAACCGUGCGAGAACAAGCAAUUAAAUUUAUAACAUACCUUGUUAUUGACAAACUUCCUUUGAAUGAUUAUUAUCUUACAUACAUUCUUCCUGUAUUAGUUGAGAGAGUAGGCACAGUAGAAUUGAUUGAAGAAUCUGAGGAGAUAAGGCUGCAGAUUGUUGAGUUGCUAAAUGCAAUAAUAACAAGGUACUCAAAUACCGCUCAAUUGGUACCAUUUUUAAAUGACUCUGUUACAAUACUUGCUGAAACUGUUAAAGAUAGAUACCCUUCUAUUAAAGAACUAAGUUGUCAUACUAUUAUUAACCUCGCAACUGCUUUACCUAAUGACUUUCACAAACAAGCUGAAUCACUGAUUAAGCCAGUAUUAACUUGUUUUUACCACCAGAGAUAUAAAGUAAGAGUCGAGGCUAUAUAUGCCACCGGUGAAAUUGUUAUGCAUAGUACCUAUAAGGCUAUUGAUGAGGUUGUAGGCCCUUUAGCUGAGAAAUUAUUCGAUCAAAUUCCUAUGGUCAGAAGAGCUGUUGGUCAGGUAGCAGCAAGAUGGCUCUUAGAAUACCGAGACAGAUAUUCGUUUUUUCAUAAAAUUUUGCCAUUAAUUUUGACAGGUUUGAACGACGAAGUCCUUGAAACUAGAACUGAAGCUGCCCAGUUAUGGGAAAAAGCUGGUAUUCAAUUUCAACAAGAGAACGAAAAAGAUUUUAAGGACGAAGUUGAUUAUUUGAUUCAACCCCCUAAAUAUUACCCGGAAAAUGUAAUUCGUCCCAACAUAGGUUGCAGAGGAUUAGUGAAACGGAAUAUUAUCAAAAUAGCUCCGGGUAUAGCUAAUGAAUUGAUGAGCUGGCAAGAAGAUGUCAGACUAAGGUGCGCCCAGCUUUUAUGCGCAAUAGCUUUACACGCAGAAAGCGACAUAACUCAGAAUCUCCAAGCGUUGCUUCCGUCUAUGUACUCUGCAGCCAGAGACGAUGAUACCAGAGUGGUAGCGAACAUUGAAAGAGCCAGCGAGAUUAUCGGUUGUUUUGUCAAAUGUAACGUAUGGUCCGAACUUAUGUUGCCGAUUGUCGAAGACGCGCCGCAUUACGGCCAUUUGACGGUGUUGAACGGAUUGGUGAGAGGAGCGCCUCAGGAAUAUUUUGUACCUUUUGUGGAGAAAAUCUGUCAAGUAUUGAGCACGGAUGCUAUUUGCUGCAGCAGAAAGAACAAAUAUCAAGUUGAACUUAUAAAAUGCGUGAAAGCGCUAGCAGAAAAGAACGACAAGGGCACCGAUAACGAAACCGGAUAUCAUCUGUUCAAAAUAGCUGUAUCAGUAUUUUCUCUUAAACAUCCGGACAACGUCAACAAAAUAAACGACUUAGAAAUUCUGGAAGAGCUAAGAACGACUUUAAAAUUACAAAGCGUUCAAGAUUUGUGGAAUUUGUAUUCGGGUCGACUGUUAAAGCAUAUCAAUAAAAACCCGAAACUUUGGGUGACCGUUACGGAGGAGGAAUGUAUAUUUUUGUUAACUUUAUCGAAUAUGGGCGAAGCUUUCGGUCAGAAUUUGGAUAUUAUUAAAGACAUAUUAGCGGAAGCCUUAGAUACCGAAUGUGACGGUGAGAGUCGACUUAAGAUAUUGUUCGUGCUGGCUACUGUGUUUGAGAAGAAAGAAGUCAUUUUCGAUAAGGCCCAAAAUGUGUCUGGAUUUUUAGAGAAACUGGUAGAAGAUGUCUUCGUACCGUCUUUGGUUUGGCACGCAGGAGCUACAGCUGAAGCCAUAAGAACGAUGGCGGCCUCGUGUCUACAAAGCGCUCUUUUACCAACAGAUGGCGUUGAAUUGUUCACACCACAAACUUUACGUCCUGUAAUUGUAAAUCUCUUACCCUUAUUGGUUUCUCUUUUGGAGGACGCGUCUUAUAGAAGUCGACAGAUAGCUGUCGAUUGUUUGGCAUUGUUGAAAGAAAAUAGUUGCAGGAAGAACAUUUGGGAUACUGACGAUUUGGUUUCCGUUUAUCCAGAGGUUCUGAAGCGACUGGAUGAUCCAACGGAUAAAGUUCGAUUGUGCGCGCUCAGAAAUUUGCCUCUAAUACUUAAAAAUGUACCGGAAUCGUUUAAAGAUGGCACGUACAGAGCACACCACGAAGUGAUCAUCGACACUCUAAUGAUACAUUUUGACGAUGAUGAUGAAGCGGUACAAGAUAUGGUCAAAGAUGUUUUGAAUCAAAUGGUGGAUAUAAAUAAAAAUGAAUUGUUGAAGAAGAUCGAUCGCCACAAGCCUUUGCUACGCAAUCAAAAAGGUUGCGAGGAAAUUUUAGAAAAUAUUGCAGGUUUAACGAUUACCGAAGUUUGAUUAUUUUUUUUAUUAUUAUUUUCGAGUCUAGUCAUUUUUUACAUUCAUUCAUUUACUCACUAUUAAAGAUGCUUUCUCUAUUA